AUGCUACGUGGUUCGGGUGACUUACAGAACGAUGAAGUCACAUUAUACAAAUAUCUAAAUCUCCUCCACUCACUUGACGAGUUUCAGGGGCGAGGCAGAGUUGAUCGGGGGGAUAAAAAGGGUGACGACACUCGAUACACCACAAAAGAAUUGCGCCGUUCAUUCCUUGACAGUAUUUCAUAUCUUUGUGAUAUCAACCCAAAGGGAGGUACCGUGACUGCGGCGGCGAUACGCAAGUUCUACUGCAAAGAUGGAGUUCAAGGUCGUUUAUAUCUUGCUGCAAAUGAGCCGAUCCUUGACAGGGUUCAUCAUUUCGUGGAGAGGAUGUUGCGAGACCUGGAAGAUAUCACACCAAAAAAUCAUGGUAUGAAGAAAAGGAAACUACUGCGCGAGUCCCUUGAUCUGGGUCGCCAGAGAUUGAAUUAUUACCAUGGGAAAGUUCUGUUCCACCUGAAGAAAUGUGAUCAGGACAUCAGGAUCCUUUUCAGGGAUCAAGAAAUUCUAACUUGGAUCGAAACAAUCAAAGUUGAAACCGAUCUGCAACGUCUAUCGGCACUUUGUUAUCAUAGCCGCGAGGGGAAGCUCGAUGAGCUGAAGAGGAAAGCAUCGGAACAUCGAGAUAUAGCAGAAUUGACCCAUUACAUUGGGCGACUUGGGGCACAUGAAUAUGCAGUUUCGACGAUAAUUACGGCUUACUUGAAAGUACCCAUAUUACGAAAAAUCAAAGUCCAAAUCCUCCCAUCUGCGCUUGUUACGCCUAUCAAUCUUCCGGCAGAGUCUGUGAAUUUCCACACUGUUUGUCAAGAAAUUUCCGGGAGCCCUCACCUCCGGCACUCAGGACAUGAUCUAUACACCAUGCUGUAUAAUAGCAAUUUCCUGUCAGGCUUUACUUUACCGAGUAAACUUGUGCAGACAAGUGCUUUUGUCACGCGUGUCCAUGCGGAGUUGCAGAUAGUCGACUACUUCAGCCGUAAGCGAUUGGAAUUCAUUGAGGACGACAAAUAUGUGGGCUGCAGUAAGCCAGCAUGUUACUUUUGUCACCUCUGGAUUCGGUUGCAUCCCGGUGGCUUUGAGGUCCCGGCUUCUCAUAAGAAAGUGAUACUCGGAUGCCGAGGCCCGGACAUUGAUGUGGCUGAGGAUGUCAACGGCAACGGGGCCAGGAUUCGGAGAGAUCAGUAUAAGCGGUUGACAAGAGAAAUCAUUCGGGAUAUUGAAGAGCAAGUUCAUAUUGAGCAAUUUCUUAACCGAUGUCAGCAUUUAUCUAGUGACGGAUCGAGCCGUGCUCCUAAGUAUUAUGACCAGGAUUUCGAUCUUCAAUUGAUCAAAGGCUGA